ACACAUGCAGUCUCAAACCGUGUAGAGUUCCACGCUUUCUGCUUCGCCUCCCGUGUCCUGUUCGAGGUCAGUUCCAAUUCCGAGCCCCUGUUCGCCGAGGAUUUCCACGACUUCAACUACACAGCCUACCUCUCCGAGAUGGGCACCAACAUCAGUGGGGCAUUGGACCACACCCUGGGAUACAUCAAGCAGGCCGUGUCUGCAACUCCUCCGGAAACUCUCACCCGACAAAUCAUCAUCCUUCUCACUGACGGGAGACAUAACGUGGGCAGGAAUCCUGUAGAAGUUGUGAAGAAGAUUAAGAAGGCGGUGCCCAGGGCUGAGGAGGACCUCGACGUAUUUGCCAUUGGGAUUGGCGAUGGGAGUAAGGAGGAGCUUGAGCAACUUGUCACUAGCCAGGAUGAACCACGCACUUUUUACUUUGCCAACUACAACCAACUGGAGGAGCUCACCCAACUCACCAGGAGGCCAGAGGGGGAUAUUCCCAUGGGCUGUGGGAUGAGAGGUCGAAGACGCAGUCAGCGAGAGGUCGCUCGUGUUUACGGGGGAGAGGACGCGGUGGAGAAACAGUGGCCCUGGCAAAUACGCAUUCAAAUGAGUGGGCAGAAUGGAAAUUCCAUGGGUGCCGGCUCCAUCAUUUCCCAGAAGUGGAUCCUCACAGCAGCUCACAACCUCUUUGACGACCGGCUUAUUAGCCCGGCAGAUGUUCAGGUCUUUGUUGGAGAGUUGAAAAGACGGAGCAAGAAUUCAAAUGCAAAGGAGGUCACGGAACUUCACGUCCAUCCUUCAUACAAUAACACGCGUGCUAGUCUCACUGCAGAUUAUUCCUACGACAUUGGUCUUCUGCGCUUGAAGGAGGAUUUACAGUUUAAUGACAAAAUCAGGCCUGUCUGUCUACCCUGCUCUAAGGAAGUCUUCGAAUUUCUCCCGGCACCAGAGGGUGACUGGGCAGACCAGUGCUCUUACCAAGUGGUCAAUACAGAGAGCCAAGACGAGGUGAAUCCAGAGCAGAUUCUGACUUUGGCAGAGAUAUUUCCAAAUGUGAUCGAAGCAGAUGCAAGAGAACAGUUCCACUUGGAAGUCCUGGAUUAUGUCUCAACCAACCUUGAAGGAUUGGUGCCAAACUACAAAAGUUUGCCAGUUGUUGAGUUCUGGGGGAAGCUGUCCAAACCCCGUGACCAGUGUUUGAAGAACAACCUCGAUCUGAGUCAGAUCUGUGCCAAAGGAGAUGGGGUGGACACGUGUGCUGGAGAUUCUGGUGGUCCUUUCUCAAUCAAAAUUAAACAGCGAUGGAUUCAGAUCGGGAUUGUCAGUUCAGGAUCCACUGCACAGUGCAGUGCCACCAACAUGGGUUACUACACCAAUGUCGCACGCAUGAUGGACUGGGUCAGGACUGUCGUGGCAGACCUGGCCUACAAUUAACAAGUUUUGAAAACGCUCCUCAAAUUGCACAUGGAAUGAUAAAGGAAUCAUCGAUCUAUGAAACCUCACAGCUUACCCCCUCAAAGCACAAUUGAAACACCUAUCUACUUCCAGAGAGAGAUAUGUACACUGACCAGUGUCUCUCAGUCCCUCUCACUCUAGGAGAACCCCCAACGCUUUCUACCCACU